CGGUUCGAAUCACUCCUCGGUUAGGACGUGGCAGCACGCUGUCUCGAGCUUUGGUCCUGGCGGUUCUGAGCUAUGACUACCGGACCGGAGCGCAGGAGACCGGGAGUUCGGUAACGCGGACCUGGCGACGAUGAUGUGCUUCAGGAGUUUUUUCUGGCGCGGCCGCGCGGCGUCUCUUCGUUGUUUUGCGGCCGCGCCGCCGCCUGUCGGCUCGGCGUCGUGGCGCUGUAGCCUCGUACCGGUUACUGAGACCGUCCGGUGGACUCGGACUGUUCCAGGACUCACGUGGACCGGCACAUGCCGAAGCUACGGUGCCGGGCUCGUCCCGGUGAAGCCACGGCACGCGCACGGGGUCGUCGUGGGGGGUCACGAGAGAUCAGCGCUCGGUCCCGCGGCGCGUGGACUGUGCAGCGAGAAAAACCCGGACCCCAAAGAACCCGGCCCGGUACCGGGUCACGGACUGUUUAAGUUUAAAGUGCUGUAUGAAAACCCCUGGACCAUCCCAAACCUGCUGUGUAUGUGUCGGAUAUUACUGGCUCCAUUCCUGGGCCAUCUGAUCAUCCAGCAGCAUUUUCACCUCAGUCUGGCUCUCUUCACACUGGCUGGAGCUACUGAUUUGCUGGAUGGUUUUAUUGCCAGGAAGUGGCCCAGUCAGAAGUCGGCGUUGGGCAGCGCUCUGGACCCACUGGCUGAUAAGAUUCUCGUCAGCAUUUUAUACAUCAGCCUCACUUAUGCUGGACUUAUUCCAGCUCCACUGACGGCUCUAGUGAUUUUCAGAGACAUUGGGUUGAUAGCUGCUGUCUUCUGGGUCAGAUACAAGACCGUACCUCCACCGGUGACCCUUAGUAAGUUUUUUAACCCAUGUUACACCACGGCACAGCUUAAGCCCACACUCUUCAGCAAGGUGAACACGGCCAUCCAGCUAUUUUUGGUGGCAGCUUCUCUGGCUGCUCCGGUCUUCCAGUAUUCCGACAGCGUCCUGCUGCAGUGCCUGUGGUACAUAACGGCAGUGACGACAGCAGCGUCGGGCUACAGCUACUGGCACUACGGCCGCAAGACUGUCCAGGUGCUAAACUCCAAGUCUCCAUGACGACCCCACAAGGAGCGCAGAAACUAAGUAGUUGUGACAGCCAUAAUGUCACCAUGACAACCACAGCUGUCAGUGGUUUAGCCCAUCAUGACAGAACAUACUCGUACACUUGGGCUGAAUGUGGACUAAAA